AUGGCUACGUCUUCCAGUGACGAGGAGACUGCUAGACGAAAGUCAACAAGACGACGACGCAAUCCUUUAGACGAGCGAUACUGGGAACUUGGCGAGCCGCCGCUGUCACCGGUAGUAACUUACAAUAUACUUACAACGGUUUCUAUUUAGGAUGAAAGAGAAUCCGACAAAGAAUCAGUAGACACCUUACCAGCAAGAAGAGAACGGAAAGACACAGGUAAUGCUAUAUCAAACUAAUUUUCGUUGUAGUAUGCCAUGACCCGUCCUGUCGGGCAAUUAUUUCUGAAAUGCAGGCAGACAUAAAAAAAAAAACAGGGCAAGAACAUCGCGUUUCUGCGUAA